AUGACGGAUCCUGUUGGAGAGGACGGAUGGCUUGCUCUGGUCGACGAGCUCAGCAGGACUGCUGGUGAUCUGGAGCAGAGAGUUGGAGUUGUAGAGCAAUACAAGCGCGCCAUCGCUGCAGAGCCGUGGUCGAACAAGCUUUGGCUGGCAUAUUGUGAAUGGGUCUGGUCCCUUCAUACCGACUGCCAGAAUGCCGACGCGGGCUGGCCAGAGGAAGAACAAAUGCUUGGACAAGAACUGUUCGCGCUCGAGACUGCGACAGAUGUAUGGCAGCAAGGGGCCCAGGCAACUCAAUACCGCCUGAGCGACAGCCACGAGCUAUGGAACAGAUGGAUGUCGAUCGAACUGGAGCAGGUUGCAGCAUCCCCAGACGAGCAGAAAAUCGAACGUGUCCAACAGCUGUUCCUCGAUCGUCUGCAGGUACCGCAAGCGGCGUGGGAUGAAACCUCGCAAAUGUUUUCUACUUUCAUCUCGAAAUACAAAGAGGCUGCUUGGGAGGCUACGAUGGUCGAGACAACGAAGCUGGCGAAGACUGCGAAAGACCUCUACAGCCACCGAGAAACACACGAACUGAAGCUCCAAAGGGCGGUAGAGUCUGGUCAAGAGGAAGCCGUGAGGUCUGAGAUGAGAAGCUACUUGGAAUGGGAGUUGGCCCAAGCUUCAAAACGAAACAAGAAAGGCGUUCCUACCAGUCCCUUGAUUCUCUGUGUCGCACUUUUCGAACGAGCAUUAUCAUCCACAACCCUGGGCUUGGAUUCCGCUGUCUGGGAUGACUACAUAGUCUUUCUAUCGACCUCGAGAAGAGAACUUCAAGACUCACAACUGCCUGCUAUUCUGCCAGUUAUCCAGAGAGCCACGAAUCACUGUCCUUGGUCAGGAACUCUCUGGUCCCGGUAUAUUCUCUGUGCCGAAGUAGAGAACUUGCCUUUCGCGACUAUGGAGCAGAUCAAGCAUGCGGCUACAAACACGAGAGAUUUGGAUCGUGAUGGAAUGGGCAGUGUGGUCGAGUUUUAUAUCGCUUGGAGUGGCUAUCUGAAACGCCUUACCAUGGUAGAUGGAGCUACCGAUGAAGAUGUUGACGUGGCGGAGAUGGGGUUGCCCACUGCGCUGGAAGAUGUCCAACAAUGGGGUAAAAGACGGCAUGGCAAGGAGUGGAAAGGCGACCCACUUUUCCGUAUCGAGAGGAUCUUCAUCCAACAUCUUACGCAAAAAGGUUCAUUUGAGGAAGCAAGAGGUAUCUGGAGAAAACUUGUCAAGACACACGCCGAUAGUUACGAGUUCUGGCAACAAUAUUAUGUCUGGGAGAUGACCGUUCGAGUUUCAACCACACCGCCCGCGAACGCCACCGCAGUACUGAUUCAGGCGAUACAUCGGAAGACGUUAGAUUGGCCAGAGAAGAUGAUGGAAGUCUACGUCAGACAUUGCAAUAAUUACGAGGACGCGGUCGGGCUAGUGAAUGCACUCAAUUCUGUUCACCAGCUCUCGAAACAGGUUGCAAAGAGACGUGAAUAUGAGGCUGCUCAGUAUGCUCAACCCGAAGUCCUAGUUGAGGAGGUCGUCGAGGGCGAGUCCCCAUCCGGUGUAUCAAAAAGGAAGCGAGAGUCGGAAGACACUGAUGGUGCUGCUUCAAAGAAGGUGAAAAGUGAAGACCAGGCUGCUUUACGCGAACAGCAUUUGAAACGCGAUCGUGAGAAUACGACGGUUCUGGUCACGAAUUUGCCAGUUGAAGUAACCCAGAACAAGACUCGACAAUAUUUCAAGGCGUACGGUCAUAUCAACAGUAUGACUUUGAAGCCCGAGCCCGACAAGCUUUCUAGUACAGCUUUGAUAGAGUUUAAGACACCGGAAGAGGCGCAAUCUGCUCUCCUACGAGAUGGCAAAUACUUCGUCGACAAGCAAAUUCAGGUCACUCCUGGCACAGGCCUGACCCUCUACGUUACGAACUUUCCACCUACCGCCGAUGAUGCGUACCUCUGCAAGCUCUUCAAAGAUUGCGGUGAGAUCUUUAGUAUUCGUUGGCCAAGUCUCAAGUUUAAUACUCAUCGAAGAUUCGUCUACAUUUCAUUUAGAACAGUCGAGGCCGCCGCAGCUGCCACACAGCUUGAUGGUCAACCACUUGGUGGUGUCUACAAACUUGUUUCGAAGUACUCGGACCCUGCCAACAAAAAGGAUCGUGAAGGCGCCAUGGCAGAAGGCCGAGAAAUUCACGUCACGAGUUUGGACACCGGCCUCACCGAGGAGGAUCUGAAUGAAGUUUUCUCGAAGUAUGGGAAGGUUGAAAAAGUCAACAUCCUGAAGACUUUGACAGGUGCAAGCAAGGGUGCCGCUUUUAUUGCUUUCGAAAAGAAAGAGGAAGCAACGGCCGCGCUGGAACUUGAUAAGACGAAGCUGAAGUCUAGGGUUCUCAAUGUUGAGAUGUCUGUUGGCAAGAAUUUCAAAUCCUCCGCUACCAGCCUAGGAAAAGCAUCAUCAGCAUCGCCAGCCCCGGAGGCAGAUGGUGAUUCGGUCUUGUCGCCUUCUCCAGCACCCGAAGGCUAUCAGAAAACUCAUGCACAGCAUGCACCAUCUCGAACGGAGAUUACGAAUCGAACCGUCACUCUAAUGAACAUCCCAGACACGGUCAAUGAUGCUCGAGUUCGCGCUCUUGCAGAGACUCACGGCGAGAUCGUUAAAUUAGUGCUCAAGCCGGACCACCAAGGUGCCAUCGUAGAGUAUGCCGAUGCAGCAUCAGCUGGCAAAGCAGCACUUGCUCUGGAAAACCACGAAAUUGCGCCGGGACGCAAACUUCGCACAGGCGGAAUGAAAGAUUUAUUUGCUGAGAAGCCGGAGAUCAAGAGUGAUCGGAUUCAGACUGGACAGGGCAAGAAAGCCCCGCCUGCAUUCAUACAGCCCAGUGCUCCGGUUAGGCGACCCGGUCCAGGUGGGCGAGGAGGCUUGGGUAUCAAGAGGGGACUGGGAUAUUCUGCAAAGCCUACUGCUGCGGCGUCUAGCUCAAGUGCUACUUCGGAGGAGGGUGUUAAUACAACUGGGAAUGAGAAUAAGAAGCCGAAGAGCAAUGCUGAUUUCAAGGCUAUGUUCGUGAAGGGAGGAACGCAAUAG